ACGCGUUUGUCGUCACUCUUCACUGCCACGCUUCCAAACACGUUAGGCAGCUGUCAUGGACCAUAUUAAAGAUGGAUGGUUUACAGAGUCUUGUACGCUAUGGCCGGGGCAAGCAAUGAGUCUCCAAGUAGAGGAGGUCCUCUACCACAAGAAAUCCAAAUUUCAAGAUGUUAUGGUUUUCAAGAGCAAAACCUACGGAAAUGUGCUGGUGCUGGAUGGAGUGAUCCAGUGCACAGAGAGGGACGAGUUUGCCUAUCAGGAAAUGAUUGCCAACCUUCCCCUGUGUAGCCAUCCUUGUCCUAAGAAGGUGCUCAUCAUUGGUGGCGGAGACGGAGGUGUGCUAAGGGAAGUGGUGAAGCAUCCGCUGGUGGAAUCAGCGGUUCUUUGUGAGAUAGACGAGGAUGUGAUUAAUGUGUCAAAGAAGUUCCUCCCAGGGAUGGCCAAAGGGUUUUUCAGUCCCAAGCUCACCCUCCACAUUGGUGAUGGCUUUGAAUUCAUGAAGCAGAAUCAGGACGCCUUUGACAUAAUAAUAACAGAUUCAUCAGACCCAGUGGGACCUGCUGAGAGCUUGUUCAAGGAGUCUUACUACCAGCUGAUGAAGGCAGCAUUGAGAAGUGGUGGAAUUAUUUGUUCCCAGGGCGAGUGUCAGUGGCUCCAUUUGGAGUUGAUAAAGGAGAUGCAGACCUUCUGCAAAACCCUAUUCCCUGUGGUGGACUACGCCUACAGCACCAUUCCAACUUAUCCCAGCGGCCAAAUUGGAUUCAUGCUCUGCAGUAAAAAUCCUGAAACAAAUUUCAGGGAACCAGUGAAAGCACUGUCAAAAGAAGAGAAGGAAAGUAUGAGCCUUAAAUAUUACAACCCUGAAAUUCACAAAGCGUCGUUCGUUCUCCCAGAGUUUGCAAGAAAGGUGCUCAGAGAAGCAUGACCAGCAGCAAAGGGCCAUGUGCAUCCUUCAGCCAACCCUUAGAACAUGGAUAAACAACCUUUUUCAAUGGCUUCUUGAACUCUACGUAGUUAAACGUCAUCCCAAGAGUAUCAGUUCAGAGAAAAUAUUGAUUUUGAGCCGGUCUUGCACACUCUUGUGUUGUCUUUCAGUUCUUCAUGUAAUUGUCUUAUCUGCAUUUUGUGAAGCAAACCUAACCUCAUUCUGAAAUGUUGUUUUUUUUGUUUUUAAUUCUGUUUACUGUAAAAUACAAUAAAUUACACAUAGCACAACAUGUGUAAUUGUUACAUGGAGUAUAGGAACUGAGCUACCAUUUACAGGUCAAGUGAAUAAUACUAAUCACAUCUUUAAAUACAAUGUUUUUGUUGUGGAAAUGUGUAACCCCCACUCACACCUCCUUGCAGACCUACAUCCCAGAUGCCCAGUUUUGUUUGGCAGGUGGCUUUAAUUUUAUUGUGGCUGAUCGGUGUAUGUAAUCCUCUACUGCACAUUUAUUUUGUGACCUUUAUUAUUUUGAUCUUGUCACAAUCAUGGUUCAGAAUACUGUCCACUACACAGAAACCCUAUAGUGCCUGAAACUGGUUGCGCAUAACCUACCAGUCUUAUGGUCUCCUACUCAGAAGCUAAAUGGAAAGAGAUCCCUUUAAACAAAACAAAAAAGCACCUAAUUGGUUUAGUUAAGGCUCAGCUUUGAGCAUCAGAUAUAGAAUACUGUAAAGAGAUCACAUUA